AUGAAGGGCUCCGGCCUCUUCUCUCUCCUCUCCCUUCUCCUCCUCGUCUUUAUAGCUGGUUCUUCAGCAUGGCCGUGGCCUGACUCCUUUGACCACAAGAUUGUGGCACGACAAGAGGAGGAACCCACGGACGAACCUACGGACUCCGCCUCUGCCACCGACGAUGCGGCGGCCUCUACUGCAGACAGCGCCGCAACCACAUCCGCCGACGAAUCUGCAGCAGCAUCAAGCUCAGGAUCCAAGAGCGGGACAAAGACCACAAGCACCAAGACGACUGCCAUCGACCCCCGUCUUCCUCCGGGGGGGAUUUCUUUAAUAACCCCUGCAGCCAUUGAUGGAGUGCAAUAUUACAAAGUGGGAGAUUUCGUCACAUUCGCCUGGAAUUAUACCUCGCUAUCAGUCACCCCUUCCGCUAUUGACGUGCUGGCCUCGUGUUCCAUCAAUUCCGCCACAUACACCAUAGCCGCCAACAUGUCCGUCGAGGAGACAGGAGCCGUCACUUGGGAUACGGGCGAAUUCCAGUCUACGGCCACGAAUCCCUUCCCGGUUGCCAGUUAUACCUUAGUCGUCCAUGAUUCAUCAAAGGACAUCACAGAUGUUCCGUCGGCGGGAUAUUUGGGUGCGUAUCAGCAAUAUGUCUUUGGAAUGUAUACAGGGCAACCUUACACUCCUCUGAACGAAUUCAAGUGCGCCACUUGUAAUGGCGCAUUCUCGCUUCACGAAAAACAAGCUCUUGGUGUUCUCUUGACGACCGCAGCCAUUACUGUUAUGUCCUUUACGUGGUUUGCCAGCGGAUUUGGCGUAUUCUCAUGA